GCCCUCGGUGCGGGAGGGCCAGCCAGCCGCGUGUGUUCUGUGGCGUCGCCGACGCGGGGGCGUAAUUUUUGCUCGUGCCGGCGUGCGCACGCUUGCGACCCCGAAGGACUGCUGCUUCUCCGCCCCCCUUUUGUUUUGCACCCUCCACCUCUUCGCUCGACCGGAGCACGCACAGCGCCGGAGAGAAAGAGAGAGAGGAGAAGGCGGCACACUUCCGCCGUUUUCCUCGCGCGCAGUGUGCGCGCACGGCGGCCUCUCGACUGUGUGCGUGUGUUUCUCUGUGCGUGCAGCGCUGCCACAGGAUUCUUCUCCGUGUCGCCGACGGUCGCAUUCCAUCUUCCUCGGUUGGCCAUUGCGCCCCUUCCGAGACGCGGUGCGUGUGUGUGUGUAUGUGUGAAAGAAACCCCGCUUGCAGUGCGUGUGCCUCAUCGGCGGCGGUCGCCGCUGCGGCUCCGGCCCGCUGGCCGUUUCGGUGAGGCGCUCGCCGCGCUUAUCGACCUUUUCUUCUCCUCCUACGGAUUACUUCCGUCCGUGUGUGUUUAUAUACAGCUCGUUGCGGCGUUUCGCAACUCGGUACGGAACUGCCGUUUCGAGCGUGUCUGGCGGCCUUCCCUUCGCCGCCGACGGGUCUACGUUUGUACACACACGCAGCACCGUACGGUUACGAAAGCGCCGAGCCAUCUCGCCCGAGGAGAAGGUGCGGUCGCCGCCUUCGCGCGCGCAGCAGCUGGUUUCGCUGCUCGGGAAUGCGUACGUCGCUGCAGUCAGCUGUGUGGUCGGUGCUGCUCGUUGAGUCUGCGCGGCGGAGGAAAGGACGGCUCUCCUGCUGCUGCUUCGACGGGAGUGGGCCUGUGUCGUCCUGAGGCAACGAGAAAGUGCUGUGCAAAAACGCUGCCUUCUUCUUGGAGCACGCUUUUUCAUCGCCCGCGUUCCUUUCCGUCUGCUGCUGGCCUCUGUGGGUCGCUCCGAAAGGCACCGAGGUCACGCCUGUAUCGAUUCGCGCGCGGUCCGGCAAGGGCGCGUGGAAACCUCGUGUGUGCGUGCUUUCUAUGAGAGACCACGAGUCGACUAUCCAGUCCUAUGCAUGCUUCUCUGCGACUACGUCAGUCUUUUAUCGUUGCUGAAGGAAAUAACGGUUUCUUGUCGACUGGUAACUUCUGUGAAUGAUUGGGGAGACUACGAACGUCGAUCGUCUGCUUUGCUUUUCUCACCGAUUUGUUAACGAAAGGAAGCUAUAUAUAGGGGUUCUCGGGCGACUCCUACUUUUCCCUUCUGAUAUUUGGAAACAGCCGCACUAGGUCGUCUUUCGUUGGGCGAGUGUGAAAUUGGCCCUGAAGGGGAGGGCGUGUUCAGUGUUUACCAACAGUUCAGGCUGCGAGAGCGAAGCCCUCGCGCUCUACGCACCUUUCCCCUUGUGGCCCUGUUACCAUGACACCGUGCGGGCAGCGUGCUCCGAAUGUGGUUGCCACGGCAACCGUGUCGCGAACGGCAUUUCGGGAUCGUUUCGGGCCAGGUGGCUCCUCCGCGUCGUCUGCUGCUGCUCUCCGUUGGUCAUCGUCUGGAGCGCAUGGAAUUCAACGUGGCGCUGUGCAAGCUUCGUUGUCCCCAGUUCUGUUCGCUUAGAGCGAGAAAAGAGUGAAUCAGAAAGAAAUACACGAAAGAAAAAAGACGCGAGGCAGUGCGACUCGUUUACAAGAAAAUCCUACGCUAAACUAGUACAAAGAAAAACCAAAUUGACAGUCAGCUAACUACACUGCCAACCGUAGAAAGCGGCGAACCAUCGCUCAUCCGACGAAUAGUUAUUUCUGUCAUCGGCAUUAGCAGGUUAGGUAAAAAUACCGAUCGUUGUUGUUGUCGUCGUUUCUUGUUAUUGCGCUGCCCUCGUUUUCGUUUACUGUCGUUCUCGUUCUUACCGUUCCGGCCACGUUCGCAGUUUCCAUCGUUGGCGCGACAACGCUUUUAAACGCAGCCCCCUCCUAAACAACGUUGACGUUUCCAGAGAAAGCGCGUUCGCGGUUCUGCUUUUUCGCCCAGAGGGAGAGCGAAAGAGCUUGGCGUCUCUCCAGGAAACGGGGCCGACGUUGCAACAGCCGCGAGCAUUGCUGCUGCCGCCGUCUGGCUGGCUGUUGUGUUGCGUUGCGCUUCGCUAAGGCGACUGACCGAACGAACGACUGAGUGGCCGCGAUUCGCAAGCGCCGGAGGAGUGCGUUUGUGUCUGGCCGGCUCCCGUGCGCACGGAUUUUCUUUCUUCAGUGGCGCUUUGCGUCGAGGAGCGCGUCCCGGAGGGAAGGCGUAUCGCUUAUUUCGCGCCGGAGACGCGAGUCUUCGAGAGGCGGUGGCGUCUGCCUGCGUAACAAUUGUUUGCACGAAGAGGGUGCGUUUGUGUGUGUGCGCCGUUCGUGCAAUCGCUGCCAAACGAGCGCCUGCCAGCGGCAUCUGAUCGCGCAGCGGGGGACGCCGGCGUUGGCUGUUGCAUCCCUUCCCUCUCUCGCCAGCGUUCAUCUGUGCCGUUCGGCGUCGCGCGCUCUCCGGCUUUACGUAAAGCGCGCAGGUUGUGUCAACGUUUUCAUCCAUCCUGCCCCCCCUCCAUCAACCGUUGUGUGGUGCGUGCGUGUGUGCUUGACGUCACGACCGGUGUUACGUGGUGACUGCCGGCGUCGUCGACUCGCGUGCCUGUGAGCGCUGCUCGACGGCAUCUCCCGAUCGUCGCCCCGCCGAGCCUCUGGAUUUUAAAGGUCGUCCGGCGUCCCUGACCGCGGCGUCGGCGUGAUCUCCGGGACAUCCCCGCCGUCGCUCCCGGUUGCGUACGUCUAUCAAAGCUUUCCGCCAAGUGCUUUACAUCGACCCCGGCUUCUCACGGUCCAAUGAAAUCCACCUGCGUCUUGGGUUGAUGUUCAAAGUCAUCGCCGACUAUGAGUCUGCUCUCAAGCAUUUUCAGUUAGCACAGAGUGACUCGAGGCAGAGCACAUUUACAAAACCUGAAGUGCGCUUUCACAUUGCUCACGUUCUGGAAGUCCAGGGAAAAUACAAGCAAGCAAAGGAAGCUUAUGAGCAGCUCCUUGCUGUAAAGGACAUCAGUCGCACCGUGCGGGCUGAAACUUUAAGGCAGCUGGGUUGGAUGCACCACACUCUAGAGGUCCUGGGGGAAAAACCACAACGUCAAGCAUACGCCCUGCACUGCCUCCAGAAAUCCAUUGAGGCUGACCCGACAAGUGGCCAGUCACUGUACUUUCUAGGACGCUGCUUCGCUAGUAUUGGCAAGGUGCACGAUGCUUUCAUCUCUUACCGCAACUCGGUGGACAAGGCAGAGGCCAACGCAGACACCUGGUGCUCCAUAGGAGUGCUCUACCAGCAGCAGAGCCAGCCGAUGGACGCCCUGCAGGCGUACAUUUGCGCCGUGCAGUUGGACAAGGCACACAGCCCCGCCUGGACAAACCUGGGUGUGCUGUACGAGAACUGCAGCCAACCACAGGAUGCCCUCAAGUGCUACCUCAACGCCAUGCACGGAAGCUCAUCGUCCUCCAGCAACCUGGCAGGCCGAGUCAAGUUCCUGCAGACACAGCUGAGCGCUGCACCCCCAGCGAGUGUGCAGAAGCCCCGGCAGCUGCCAUGCAUUGAGGAUGCCUGGAACAUUCCAAUCUCUCAGGAGAUGGCCUCCAGGCAAAACAAUCAGCAGAACCGGAGCCCAGCAGGCUCUGCGCCCCAACAGCGCACCGGCUACCCCCCGGACCAGGUGGACGGGAACAGCACCAAGAAACUCAAGGUUGCCUCGGGCUCGCCUCGGGCCAUGACUCCAGGGGCCAGUGAUCUGGGGCCUGACCACAGGGCAGCUGUCCCUGCUGGCCCCCCGCCGCCCUUCUACCUGAGCCAGCAGCAGCUGCAGGUGCUGGCCUACCUGCAGCAGAACCAGGAGACGCUGAACCCUCAGCAACGCAAUCUGCUGCAGCAGCUGCAGCAGCAGCACCGGCUCAUGCAGCAGCACAGGCAACAGCUGCUCCUGCAGAGGCAGCAGGCACAGCAGCAGGCACAGCAGCAGCAGCAACAGCAGCAAGUAGCAGGAGGUAACUUUGCUGCACCCCCUCGGCCCUAUGGGCCCUCGUAUGCCAUGGCCCCUGGCCAGAGGGCCAACGGCUACGCACCUCCACAGCAGGGCAGUCAGGGCGCCCCCUCAACUGCCUAUCGGCUCCCGCAACCGCAGGGCCGACCCCCACCUCCUGUGGCACCUCUUAGUGACCAGGACCUGCAGGUGCUCUUGUCACAGAGUAAAGACACGGCAUCAAGCCUGGCCGAAGACAUCCUGGCCCAUCUGGCUGGACCAGACCUUCUCGACACGCCCAGGCUCACCGAGGCUGGACUACCAAGUGCUCCAUCUGAUGACAGCACAGCAUCGAAGAGUGCACCUGAGGAGUCGAAGGACACUCUCAAGAGUGGUCUGGCGGAACGACUGCUGCCAGGUCAAACCAAGCCAGCCCUGUCUAUCGCUAUGUCGGCAGCAGAAGUGUUGGAAGGUUGUGCAGAUAUAGCACGCCAGGGAGGCGCCUUCCCACUGAGCCUGCUGUCGGACGACCCUACGCCUCCGCGACCACCGGACCCUCCAUCGCCACCACCUACCAAGGAGCAGCUGCUGCCACAGACACCCAGUGUUUUCCUGGAGAACAAGAAGCAGGCCUUCUCGCCGCAGCUGCAAGAGUUCUGUGUAGCGCACCCCAUUGCAGUGAUCCGGAACAUGGCCAACGUCCUAAAAUUGGAUCUUGGCCUUUUCUCUACAAAAACGCUUGUGGAAGCAAAUCCGGACCAUACGAUAGAGGUUCGCACGCAGCUGAUGCAGUCGCCGGAUGAGAACUGGGACGCCGAGCGACGGAGCAUGGUGUGGCGCUGUGAGAGCCAUCGGUCACACACGAGCAUAGCGCGCUAUGCUCAGUACCAGGCAUCCUCGUUCCAGGAAUCCCUCAAGGAGGAGCAAGAGAAGGCACAGGGUGUGCAGCGAGAGUCGGACAGUGACUCCAACUCGUCACUGACUCGGACGUCAGCGGGUGGCAAGCGGUGGCGGCGCAGUGCCCACUUCAAGACCAUCAAGUUUGGCACCAAUGUAGAUCUGUCCGACGAGCGCAAGUGGCGCCCCCAGCUGCAGGAGCUGACCAAGCUGCCGGCCUUCGCACGAGUUGUCUCUGCGGGCAACAUGCUCAGCCAUGUGGGCCACACCAUUCUCGGCAUGAACACCGUGCAGCUCUACAUGAAGGUGCCAGGCAGUCGUACACCUGGCCACCAGGAGAACAACAAUUUCUGCUCCGUCAACAUCAACAUUGGACCAGGAGAUUGCGAAUGGUUUGCUACGCCAGAAGAAUACUGGGGUGUCAUUCAUGGUCUCUGUGAACGGAACAACAUCAACUACCUCCAUGGCUCAUGGUGGCCUCUCAUGGAGGACCUCAUGGCAGCGCGCAUCCCAGUCUACCGGUUUCUGCAGCGCCCAGGCGACUUGGUGUGGGUGAAUGCUGGUACCGUGCACUGGGUGCAGGCAGUGGGCUGGUGCAACAAUAUUGCCUGGAAUGUGGGCCCCCUCAACGGCACUCAGUUCAGGCUGGGCCUUGAGCGGUACGAGUGGAAUAAGCUGGAGGCCUACAAGUCUAUUGUGCCCAUGGUCCACCUCUCCUGGAACCUGGCACGCAAUCUCAAGGUCUCCGAGCCGCAGCUCUUCGAGCUGAUCAAGUACUGCCUCCUCCGGUCACUGAGGCAUUGUCAGAUAGUGGUCGAGUUUGUCAAGGGCCUUGGCAAGGAGAUCCGCUGGCACGGACGGGCCAAGAAUGAGAUUGCUCACUACUGCACCAACUGUGAGGUUGAGGUAUUCAACAUCCUUCUGGUGAGGGAGGUCGACAAGAAGCAUGUGGUUCACUGCCUCAGCUGCAGCCGUCGCAUCAACCCCCGCCUUGAUGGAUUCGUCGUGCUCGAAGAGUACUCCAUAGAAGACCUCAUGGAUGUCUACGACAACUUCUCCCUGCAACCUGCACAAACACCUUCGAGCUCAUCAUGACAGUCGGCAGAGAGCCCAUGUACCAUACCUUGACUGCUGGAACAGUCACCCAGUCAGCCACUGCACUGGCCUGAGCAGCUGGCCUGAAGAGUGUGCGCCCCCCGUCAAGGUCCUGCCCGCACCUCUGAAGAAGCAGCAGCAGCAGUCGUUUGUGCACGUGUACAUAGCAGACCUGGCAUCAAGGGGACAAGUGCUGCUGUUGCUCAUUACACUGCUGUGGACAUUGUGUUUUCUUCAUACUUAGUGUGCCCCUAGAAUCAAGGGUGGGUGGGGGGAGGGGGGGGGGAGGCUUCUGUUGUACACUUUUUCAGAAGUGUGUCCACACCUUUGUUUUGUUUUUGUUAGGAGCACUCAUUAAAGAGAGAUAAAAGCUUGCUUACAAAACCGGCGAAGAAGGAAAAAAAAAUGCUUUGGCUUUGAGCAAGGUACGGCAAGAGUGUGAAGCGUAGUCUCGUCAAAUGUGGCAAGUUAGUUCUGCUGGUUUUUGAAGGAGUGCACAAGUUGGCAUGUGGCACUAGCACAGUUGGCGCAUGUACCGAGGCUGGCUUCGCUAAUGUAGUAGACGGCAAGAGCGCAUGCGUUUCUUGCAGUACUCGUUGCUUACAGGUGUGUUCCGGAGCCUCCUUUCACUGGGGGCUGCUCGCAUGGUUCCAUGGCAUGUGCCACUUCUAAGUCUCCAGAAAGAGCAUAACUGUAGCAAGGUUCAGAGUGUAGUGAGCUUGUUGGUCGCCUGUUUUGUGUGGUCCUGGUCACUCUUAAGUACCGUAAGUGCUCGAGUAAGGGCUGCGCAUAUGAUUUCCCAGUCAAGGGGGAAAAAAUAAAUGCAAGGGCGUUACGAGUACCACAGGCAGACCAUCUUCUAGGGUGUGUAAGGAAACAAAGUGCAGUUGCCAUAUUGUGAAGCAUGUUUGCUGGAAUGUGUGUUGCGUAUGCACAAGCCAUGCCAAGUGUGGCCACUAAAGUGGCCUACGACCUUUCAUCAGCAUUAUCAAAAGCCACACAUGAAUGGCUUUUAAAAAUGCCGUGUGCACUUAAAAGGAAAUACCUGAGAGGUGUAAAAUUAUUCAAAAAGUCAAGCUUUGCACGCCCAGGUGUGUGUGAUGCCCACACACAGCUAAGAGGAGAGAGCCCUUAUGCGAGCACACACGGGAAGUAGUUGCAGCAGCAUCGUACAUGCUCCCAGUGCAAAUUGUCAUCCCUUCACCACAUCUGUGAACACUGCCAUUUUUUCUUUUUUUUCCUCAUUGCCUGCCUGUUCAGUUAAUUGGAACACUGCCACUUUCCAUCAAGGGCACAACACAUAUUUUCGAUAGUGUGCAUAGUGUGAUAGCUAGCGAAGCUUGAUAACAAUCCUUUUCUAAUAAUUGGGUGUUGCUGCUGGAACGAAGCUUCAUGCGGUGUGCAUGAUGUACAAGUAUCAUGUGUAAAAGGACACAAAAUGAUACGAAAUAAUUUUAGGACUGGAAAGAACAUUAUUCUCUUUUCCUGUCGUUACUUCUUAUUAUUUUGUGUCUUUUGUACACCAUACCUAGCAUGAAUCACUAGGCUCACCACCGCUGGUUACGUUCCAAGAGCAGCUAACGUAAAGCAACCGACUGCCUCUACUCUGCAUGUCACAAAUCAUUAGGAGCCAAUUAUGAUGUUGCAUUCAAUGUUGCAUUAUCGAUUAAGGUUGAGUGCAGUCAACAACAUUGCAUUACAGAUAGACAUGCACCGGUGUUGCAUGCGCUGAUGUGGUUUCAGAACUGGAGCAAGCUGCGAAAGCAAAAAGAAAAUGAUUUAAGGAAUUGUGCAUGUUGAUUAGAUUGUUGUCAUGAAAUGACCGAAUUUAUUUGCUCAUUGAAAAUUGUGUAUUGAGGCAAAGCCCAACCCUCCCGAAGGCAUUAUGAUGUCCCAUGAUCUCACUUCAUGCAUCAACAUGUAUUUAUACACACAGACUUUGUACUAGAAUGCAGCCCUUGUUUUGGAUAAUUGCCUGGCCCUGCCUCUGUUUUCGUGUAAUUUAUCUCGUGUCUUUGCAUUUACAGACAAAGUUUAUGUUUAUUAAAAAAUGAACACUCUGA